GUCAUUAUAAAAAGACGCCGUGUGACUGUACGAGUUCAGCCCCGAGUAUACCCUGAAAUCCUUUUGGGUUUGACUCUUUUGAAUAUACCUGCAAACUCCCAGCAACGUUGGAAUGGUCAACAAACACAGGAUAACUCCUACCUUCUCCGUCAGAGAUGUAGAGGUCGCAAACAUAUCUGUGGACGACUCGAGUGGAGUCGACGAUUCAACUGUUGGCUCAACAUCUGAGACGAAUCCUUUCCCAGAUGGAGGACUGGCUGCAUGGACUUGCGUUCUAGGCUCUUUCUUUGCACUGUUUUGCACGUUCGGAUGGCUUAAUGCUCUUGGUCUUUUUCAAACAUACUACGAGCGAACGCUGCUUAUUACACAAUCUGCAUCAACUAUUUCCUGGAUCUUCACCCUACAGCUAUUCUUCAUGUGGGCAGGCGGUGCGGUCUUUGGAAGAAUCAUCGACACUUACGGUACGCACCAUGUCGCCAUUCCUUGCGCAAUCGGUUGUGCUCUCUUCGUAUUCAUGAUCAACAUUUGCGACCAGUAUUAUCAACUUAUUCUAGUCCAAGGUGUGGGAUUCGGAGUUUCAGCUGCUGGUUUAUUCUCGUGCGCAACCACUAGUGUGGGUCAAUAUUUCGACAAACGGAAAGCCUUGGCGUUGGGAAUCGCUUUGUCGGGAAGCAGCACUGGUGGUUUUGUACAUCCUCUCUACCUACAACGCCUCAUCGACCAUUUCGGAUUCAAGCAAGCUAUCCGAUGGGCUUCACUCGUCAUCGCUGUCUCAGGUGCGCUCGCAUGCAUGCUGAUGAGUGCUCGAUUACCGAGGAAGAAAUGGGACAAGAAUCUGAGUUUCAUCGACUUCUCACUUUUCAAGCGGUCUACUUUCACUAUGUAUUGCAUUGGUACUUUUUUUGUCACUUGGGGCCUGUUUGCUCCAUGGAGUUAUCUUCCUUCUAUGAGUCUCCGUCACGGAUUUUCUGAGGGUACAGCGAUUUAUACAAUAGUCCUCCUAAAUGCUGCCUCAACGAUCGGUCGCAUUCUACCUGCUCAUCUGGCCGACAGACUUGGUCGCUUUAACCUCGUCUCUAUCAUCACUAUCCUCAACGCAGCCUGCCUCCUCGGCUUCUGGUAUCCACUAGAGAUUAGUACAACAACAGCCCACGUCCAAAUUCUCGCAUUCGGAGCGCUGUAUGGUUUUACAAGUGGAGCUUUCAUUGGCAUCAUGAUGAGUUGCGUGGCUGAGCUUGGUCAAGUGGAAACUCUUGGCCAGAGAUUUGGCACUUAUCAAUUCGUUGUUGGUGUUGGGAGCUUAACAGGUCUUCCUAUCCAAGGAGCAUUAAUCCCGGCAGACAACCAUGGAUUCAGAUACCUGAUAUUAUUCUCGGGUAGUUGUAUGGUCGUUGGAGCUGGGUUCAUUUGCACGGCAAGGAUGCUGAGGAAGAGCAGAAGCUGGAAGGCUUAGGAGUCUUAGGACGAACUACAUGAUUCACGACUUGAAAUGGGGUUA